AUGUUUGGCGCCACAUCAAACAACACAGCUGCGCCUUUUCUGUUUGGCUCCAGUAACCAAUCUGGUUUUGGAGCUGCUUCCAACAAUUCCACCGCCACCUUUGGUAGCCAGCAAAACAAACCCGCAACUGGACUUUUUGGCUCAUCCACUGCUACCCCUGCUCCUUCAACAGGAGGGGGUUUGUUUGGAAACACAGCCACACAAAACCAAAACCAAAACCAGAACUCCACUUUUGGUGCACCCGCGUCGAGUGGCGGCGGUUUGUUUGGACAGAAACCUGCAACUACCUCUGCUCAAAGUACGGCAUUUGGUUCGAAACCUUCAUCCUCUGGUUUUGGCACCGCAGGUUCUGGAGGAGGCUUGUUUGGCUCGGCAAGUAACACAGGCGCAAACACAAACAACGCAACCAAUACCACAGGCGGUGGUUUGUUCGGUUCGUCAACGAAUAAUGCAUCAACGACCGGUGGUUUGUUUGGAUCCACGAAUAAUACUUCUACAGGUGGAGGUUUGUUUGGGGCCAAGCCCGCCGCACCUGCUGGAGGAAACUUAUUUGGCACCAACUCUGCUUCCGGAGGUCUUUUCGGCGGCAACUCUGGUGCAUCCAAUGGGAACACAUUUGGCCAAACAAAGCCAAGUGGAGGUUUGUUUGGCACAUCUAACACUGGAUCAACACAAUUGGGGCAAAACCAGCAACAACAGCAACAGCAACAACAGCAACAACAGACCCAACUCACAGCAAUGACCAGAGUCGGUGACCUCCCACCACAGUUCAAAAAGGAGCUUGAAGACCUUGAUAAGUACAUCAGCACGCAACAUCUUAUUGCCACAACCCUCAAUGGGGAUCUCCAUAAACAUGACCUGCUCAUUAAAUCUAUACCAACGGAUGUUGAUUACUUGCACGUAAAAAUUUCGUCGAUAAAGCAAGCUUUGAAAUUCGACAUAGAACAUCUUAAAGAUAUCAAAUCUGUCAAUGACGAGCUCACAGAGGAUAUCAAUAAUAUCAUGCAGCUAAUCGUGCAACUUUCCACACCGGGGUCUAAGUUCACCUCCUCGUUCCAGUUGAACGAUUUUUUCGUUAAGAGAAUCAAAAAGUACCGAGAUCUCUUGGAUGUAUACGAGGGCGUGAUCAACGAAAGUAAUGAAGCCAUUUCUGGCUUGGAAAGAUCGUGUAAUGAAACUUAUGGCAAUAUUUACAAUGUGGUGGAGGUGGUCAAGAACCAGUAUGCUUUGUUCAUGGAGUUGUGCGAAACGCUUGCAGAGAUCCAUAAUGAGGUUGACCGCUACGCUUAG